CCUCCGCACUUGGUCGGUAGCUUUCCGUUACGUGCUCCUUGUGUCUCACCCUACCAACUCAACCACGAUGGCAAUUCGGAAUAGGCUUCAGCUUCUUAUGGGUCGCAAGACACCCAGCUCUUCGGCUGGAGAAGACAUGGAAACUCCAGUGACGAUCAAUGCUUCUCUGAACGACAAGGAAGCUGGAAUCGGUUCACCCGACAAUACUACCGCCAGCUAUCCUAAUGAUAAAGACUUACCAAGCGAGGAUGUACAGCGGGGUGUUAAAAAUAUCCAGGCUGUGACUCUGUCAUGGUCUAGGAGAUGGCUAGCCACGGUCUUAAUACUUAUUUGGCUCUUCACGCUUGCGAAUGGGUUCAAGUCCUCGAUUCUUGCUAGCUUGACGCCUUACGCCACGAGCAGUUUCCAAUCUCAUUCCCUUCUGACUGUCAUCGACAUUGUCGCAAAUGCCAUGACUGCAGCAGUUUACAUCCCAAUGGCCAAGAUGCUGGACCUCUGGGGACGUGCUGAAGGGUUCCUCCUCAUGCUUGGGUUCGCCACUUUGGGCAUGGUUCUUUUCGCGGCGUCCAACAAUAUCUAUACCUUCUGCGCUGCACAGGUUUUCUAUUCAGUUGGUUUCGGAGGCAUGGUCUAUAGCGUGGAUGUCCUCGCCGCCGAUGUCACGAACUUGAGAAAUCGAGGCUUGGCAUUCGCUUUUACUUCAUCUCCAUGGAUGAUUACAGCAUUCGCUGGGUCCAAAGCCGCCGAGGGCUUUCUAGAACAUGUUAGUUGGCAGUGGGGCUUUGGCGCCUUCGCGAUCAUUGUCCCCGUGGUGGCAUUCCCUUUAUACGUCGUAUUAAAGUACAACCUUCGCAAAGCCGAGAAAAAAGGAAUUGUAAUUCACGAAAGCAGCGGAAGGACCUUGGUGGAGAAUAUAAUUCAUUAUCUCAUAGAGUUUGAUCUGCCCGGAGUGAUCCUGUUCGCCGCCGGUCUGACCGUAUUUCUCCUGCCAUUUACGCUCGCCAUGUCUGCCCCUCAAGGUUGGAAGUCCGACUACAUCAUCGCAAUGAUUGUUGUAGGCUUCAUCCUCCUCGUUCUUUUUGCCCUUUACCAAAUGUACCUCGCCCCGGUACCAUUCCUCAAACACAAAUACCUCUUCGACCGAACCGUGUUGGGAGCUUGCCUCCUAGAUUUCACCUACAACAUGUGCUACUACUGCUGGAACAGCUAUUUCACCUCCUUCCUCCAGGUCGUCAACAACCUCUCCGUCGCAGAAGCAGGGUACGUCAACAGCACAUUCCAAGUCGUCUCCGGCGUCCUUCUCUUCAUCGUCGGCUAUGUUAUCCGCAAAACUGGCUACUUCAGAUGGCUGCUCAUCAUUGGCGUGCCCCUCUACAUCUUCGCCCAGGGCCUAAUGAUCCAUUUCCGCCAGCCGAAUGGCUACAUCGGCUACAUCGUCAUGUGCGAGAUCUUCAUAUCAGUCGGCGGAAGUGUCUUCAUCCUUUGCAUGCAGCUUGCAGUCCUGGCGGCCGUUGACCACCAGUAUGUCGCUGCCGCGAUGGCCGUGCUAUUCGUGUCCGGCAGUAUCGGUGGUGCUGUCGGCAACGCGAUCUCCGGUGCCAUCUGGACAAAUACCUUUGAGAAGGCGCUUGUGCGCUAUCUGCCAGAAUCUGCACUGCCGGAUCUGGCGACAAUUUACUCAAGUCUUCCCACACAGCUUAGCUAUCCAGUUAAUAGCCCAGAGAGAAUCGGUAUCCAGAAGGCGUAUGGUUAUGCGCAGACGAGAAUGUUGGCUGCCGGGACGGGGUUGAUGGUUCUAUCCUUCGUGGCGGUUUUUAUGAUGAGGAAUAUGAAUUUGAAGACGAUGAGCCAGACUAAGGGUGUUGUGUUCUAGCCUUGCUUCGCUGGGUUGAUUCAUGCGCUGCGCAAGCGUUUGGUGGUUUCUGGGUCGUGCGUGAGCGCUUCUCGCCCUAUUUGAUAUGAAGCUUAAUUCCGUGGGAGGUUAAUUUGACAUUCAGUGAAUACGAUAGUUUAUGUAAGAAGUUCAAUAUCUUCAAUGAAAAAAGCAGAUUGCAGCGAC